AUGAAGAAAGCAGAGGUGGUUUUCAUCCCAUCUCCCGGUGUUGGCCAUUUAGUUUCAACCCUCGAGUUCGCAAAGCUUCUAAUCAGCCGUGAUAACCGACUUCGAAUAACCAUCCUGCUGAUGAAUUUCCCACACACCGCAGAAACAGAAACAGAUGUCUACACUAAUUCCCUUCCCAUCUCCGAUUCACUCCACGUCGUCAACCUUCCAGAAUGUUCUCUUCCACCAACCUCCGAUAUAACUUCCUCCAUGACCACUCUCCUUGAAGCUCAAAAACCAAACGUCAAACAAGCAGUCACUAACCUCACUACUGAACGAGGAGAAAACGGAGUCCUUGCCGCUUUCGUAGUUGACAUGUUCUGCACCACCAUGAUUGAUGUUGCUAAAGAAUUCUCCGUUCCUACACUUGUCUUCUACACUUCCAGUGUUGCUUUCCUUGGUUUGGUGCUUCAUCUUCAUACUCUCAGAGAACGAGACAAUGUAGAUUCCGAUCAGUUGCUGCAACUCGCUGAGUUGGAUGUCCCGAGUUUCGCUAACUCUGUUCCUUCAAAAUCGUUGCCUACUAUUACUCUACGUAAGGAGUUUGAUUCGUUUUUUAUGAGCUAUGCUAAUGGCCUCAAGAACGCUGAUGGCAUUAUAGUAAAUUCAUUUGAAGAGCUAGAAUCGCAUGCGGUUCAAUCGUUUUUAUCUCAUCCUGGUUUUUCAGGUUUAUCCAUAUAUCCGGUUGGACCCAUAUUAAACCCUGAACCCAAAACUGAGGGUACAAUUGAUUCUGUUGAUGUCAUUAAGUGGCUCGAUGAUCAACCUCUGUUCUCAGUAGUUUUCCUCUGCUUCGGGAGUACAGGUUGUUUCGAUGAGGAUCAGGUUAAGGAGAUUGCACUUGCUAUUGAGAAUAGUGGAGCUCGCUUCAUGUGGUCUCUCCGUAAACCACCGUUGAAGGGCACCAUGGCUUUGCCCUCUGACUACCCUCUUUCUGACUUGGAUUCGGUUUUACCAGAAGGCUUUUUAGAUCGGACGAGAGAGAUUGGAAUGGUAAUUGGAUGGGCUCCACAAGCUCAAAUACUAGCUCACCGAGCCAUAGGAGGGUUUGUUUCGCAUUGUGGUUGGAAUUCAACACUAGAGAGUAUAUAUUUUGGUGUGCCUAUUGCCACGUGGCCGCUCUUUGCUGAACAACAAAGUAAUGCUUUUGAAUUGGUGUUUGAAUUGAAAAUGGGUGUGGAGAUUGCGUCGGAUUAUAGGGUGGAGGUUAACAGCGGACCUAACUAUUUUGUAACUGCUGAUAAAAUUGAGAGAGGAAUAAGGAGUGUGUUGGAUAAGGAUGGAGAGUUCAGAAAAAAAGUGAAAGUGAUUAGUGAAAAGAGUAGGAAGACUUUGUUAGAGGGAGGAUCUUCUUACAUUUAUUUAGGUCGUUUGAUUGAUUAUAUUGUGAAUCAAGUAUCAAAUUAA